AAAAUAGAAGUUGAAUUACUCCUGGAUCUCAACUUUAAAGAUAUAUCUCACCUGCGCCUCCAUAAUCGCCGGAAUCUCUCUCACACUCUCUCUUUCUCCGCCGCACCUCGUCCCGGUUUGCUCUCUAAUCCCGUCGAAAGUUCUAUCGAUACCACUGUUGUAGUCAUGGCUGAAGCUGAGGAUCAGCAGAAUUUUGUUGCUAACAACGGAGACGAGGUUCCACUUCCAGAGCAUGGUCUAGAUGAUGUGCAUAACGGGUUGCAGUACCAGGUCCACGAUGAGACCCUUGGUCACCAACCGUACCAGGUUCAAGUUCCGGUUCUUGAACCUCAGGAGUACGAGGUUCAAGAUCCGGGGUUUGAGCCUCAGGAGUACGCGGGUCAGUUAGAGUACAAUGAUUACCAGGUGCAGGACCACCAGGUUAAUGAAGAAGUCCAAGACCAGCCUCAAGAUGAACUGCAGUAUCAACCCCAAGAUCAGGAGCAGUAUCAGUUGCAAGACCAGGGUGAGUAUCAGGUUGAGGGUGAGGCACAAGGUCAGGAUGGUGAUGAUGUGGAGGAUCAAGUUGAAGGUGAGGAAGGAGUUCCUGAGCAUGUUGAGGAUUUACCGAAGUCAGAGCCUGAAAGUGAUGUAACAGUUGGAGGAGGUGAGGAGAAGAGGUGGCCUGGAUGGCCGGGGGAGACGGUGUUCCGUAUGUUGGUUCCUGCACAGAAAGUGGGUAGCAUCAUUGGUCGCAAAGGUGAUGUUAUUAAGAAAAUCGUUGAGGAGACAAGGGCUCGUAUUAAGAUUCUAGAUGGUCCUCCAGGCACAACCGAAAGAGCUGUUAUGGUUUCUGGAAAAGAAGAGCCCGAAUCAUCUCUACCUCCUUCUAUGGAUGGCCUUCUUAGAGUCCACAUGCGGAUAGUUGAUGGUCUGGAUGGUGAAGCUUCUCAGGCCCCUCCGCCUACAAAGGUUUCCACAAGAUUACUGGUUCCAGCAUCUCAGGCAGGAAGUUUGAUUGGAAAACAGGGAGCUACAGUGAAAGCCAUUCAAGAAGCAGCUGGUUGUAUAGUUAGAGUCCUCGGAUCAGAGGAUUUGCCUGUUUUUGCUCUUCAAGACGAUAGGGUGGUUGAAGUUGUGGGGGAGCCAACAAGCGUUCAUAAAUCCUUGGAGCUGAUCGCAUCACAUCUCAGAAAGUUUCUGGUUGAUCGUAGCAUCAUUCCAGUCUUUGAAAGUCAGAUGCAAAAGCCAACUCGCCAGAUGGAUCAUAUGCCACCGCCACACCAGGCCUGGGGUCCACCUCAAGGCCAUGCCCCAAGUGGUGGUGGAGGUCCUGGCUAUGGUCACAACCCACAUCCAUAUGUGCAACAACCACCUCCGAGACAUGAUAAUUACUAUCCUCCUCCUGAGAUGCGUCAACCUCAAAUGGAGAAACAGCCUCAUCAAGGUAUAUCUGCUUAUGGAAGGGAGCCUCCUAUGAAUGUGCAUGUAUCAGCCGCCCAACCCAUGGCCCCUCAGCAAGUUACGCAGCAAUUGCAGAUUCAACUGUCUUACGCAGAUGCAGUGAUUGGGACAUCAGGUUCAAACAUAAGCUACACUCGACGUCUUAGUGGAGCAACAGUAACCAUUCAGGAAACCAGAGGAGUACCUGGUGAAAUGACCGUUGAGGUUAGCGGAACUAGCUCACAAGUCCAAACCGCUAUUCAGCUUAUCCAGAACUUCAUGGCUGAAGCUGGAGCGCCAGCACCAGCGCAGCCGCAAACUGUAGCACCAGAGCAGCAAGGCUAUAACCCUUACGCAACUCAUGGCUCAGUCUAUGCAGCGGCUCCAACGAACCCGCCUGGAGGAUACGCUACGGAUUACAGCUCAGGCUAUGGUUACUGAUAAAGCAAGGAUCAAUUAUCAAGUUACUUUUGUUUAGAAUGUUCUACUAGUGACAAGCAAGAGUGAGAGAACCCCUAAUCGAGUAUAUGUUUUUUAUAAGCGAGCACUCUGUUUCUUGAAUCAGUUGUCAUUUGUUUUCCAGGUAUGGUGUUGUGUACCGUUUCACUAUUGUCUUUAUGAAUUUGAACUAGUAGCCAUAUUUGCUCUUGAACGAAA